AUGGUCACCCGAAAAACACACCCAUUAUUCAAAAUUGUCAACGACGCACUCAUCGACCUUCCCGCCCCCUCUAAUAUCUCCGCAUGAUGAAACUUUGGCUCUCUACUAUUAUUAUGUCUUGGAGUACAAAUCCUCACAGGUCUAUUCCUAGCCAUACACUACACUUCUGAUAUCUCAACCGCAUUCUCAUCAGUAGUACACAUCUGCCGAGACGUCAACUACGGAUGAAUUAUCCGAAACCUUCACGCCAACGGAGCAUCCUUCUUCUUCAUCUGCAUCUACCUUCACAUUGGCCGCGGUCUUUACUACGGCUCAUACCUAUACAAAGAAACAUGAAACAUUGGCGUUGUACUACUCCUUUUAGUAAUAAUAACAGCCUUUGUAGGAUACGUACUACCAUGAGGACAAAUAUCCUUCUGAGGUGCCACAGUAAUCACAAACCUCUUAUCAGCCGUACCUUACAUAGGAGAUGCCCUAGUCCAAUGAAUCUGAGGAGGUUUCUCCGUAGACAAUGCAACACUUACACGAUUUUUCGCAUUCCACUUCCUCCUACCAUUCACAAUCAUCGCAGCUACAAUUCUACACGCUCUAUUCCUACACGAAACAGGAUCAAACAACCCAAUUGGACUAAACUCCGACGCAGACAAAAUCUCAUUCCACCCAUAUUUCUCCUACAAAGACCUACUAGGCUUUAUCAUUCUAUUAACAGCCCUAGCAUCUCUAAGCCUAUUCUCCCCAAACCUUCUAGGCGACCCAGAAAACUUCACCCCCGCUAAUCCCUUAGUAACUCCACCUCACAUUAAACCAGAGUGAUACUUCCUAUUCGCAUACGCCAUCCUCCGAUCCAUCCCAAACAAACUAGGCGGCGUAUUAGCACUAUUAUUCUCCAUCCUAGUACUAAUAGUAGUACCACUACUACACCUCUCAAAACAACAAGGCCUAACCUUCCGACCUUUAUCCCAAAUCUUAUUCUGAACCCUAGUAGCAGAUGUAAUAAUCUUAACAUGAAUCGGCGGCAUACCAGUAGAGCACCCCUUCAUCAUUAUCGGACAAAUUGCCUCCAUCCUCUACUUCUCCCUAUUCCUCAUCCUAAACCCACUAGCAGCCUGACUAGAAAAUAAACUACUCAACCUAAAUU